AUGCCAAAUUGGCCACCACCAAAUCCUGAAAUACAACAUUUGUUGCGCAAGCUUUCAAAUGGAUCUGUUGGUCAUCCCCUGGGUCCUCUUUGGCAAGCUUUUGACCCAAUUAAGACUGAUGAUAAAAAACCUAAAGCUCGCUGCAUAUUUUGUAACCACAACAAGUCUAUAUCCGGUACUGCAGCAGUGAUGAUUUCACAUAUUAAAAAAUGUGAGAAAAUUCAUCCAGAUGUCCGAGCUUACCUUAUUAAUGCUCACAACUGUCAACAAAAGUUAGUUCCAAUUAUUGAAUGUAAUCAGCAUCAAGAUAAUUCUUAUUCAUCAGAUGGAUCGAUUAUACCUUUUAUGUCAGUUUCGAAUUGUGAUUCUGUUUCAACUUUUUCUGAUAAUAAUAUGAGCGAAAACAAUGAUGUUUUUAAAAAUACAAGUCAGAUACCUACACAAUUACCAAUAGAUGUAUGCAGAUCUAAUCGACUAUUAUUAGAAGGUAUUAUAGAAGGCGGAGCACCUCUUUCACUUGUAGAUGCAUGCAAAUUUAAAGAAUUUGUUUAUUCUAUAAAUAACUGGUAUCAUGUUCCUGCAAGAAAACAACUUUCUACAAAUAUUCUCAAUGAUGUUUAUAAAAAUGUUCAAACCUCAAUUCAACAAUUUAUUAAUAUGUCUAAUUGGAUUACUAUCAUGACGGAUGGAUGGACAAAUAUUCGACAGGAUCAUCUUGUGAAUUUUAUUGCUAUUGGAAAGGAUCGAAGAUCAGAGCUUAUUAAAAUUAAGGACACAUUAGGAGAAAGCCAAACUUCAAUUACUAUAUUUAAAGAUCUAGAAGAAGUUUUAAUGCAAAUUGGAAUUAAAUGA